UUCUGUUUCUGUAUCUGUUCUUCUGUCCGGCUCGAAGUCUUUGCAUGCAAACAGAAAGUUGAAAUUAAAUUUGCAAAUUUGCUUGUUGGUUAAGAAGAUUAAUAAAAGGGUAUUAGCGUUGCGGCUAUAAUCUUCCGCAAUUGAUAUAAUAGGUCAAGGCAGCUGCUCAUGAGCAUUCGUGAAGCUGCUGAACAUUGAAUUAUUGUAAAGUACAUAAUAUGAAACGUAGUGCUUCGCGUGACUCUCCAUCUAGAACAGGUCAUUCGUCACGUUCACGUUCUGCAGCCAUGGGACGCGGUACAUAUGAUAAUGGUGGUGGUUUGCCGGGCGAUUCCCCGGAACGUAUGUCCCCUGACCGACUGCGACGUCGUGUUGGGCGAUCCCCAAGUCCACGUUCACGAUACGCUGGUGGUUCUCCUCACCGUGACGAAUAUAUGCGUGGUGGACCAUUGUCAUCAACAUCGGACAGGCCUUCAUAUAAAGUGUUAUGUGUUAGUUCUUUACACUCUAAAGCAUCCGAUGAAUUCAUCAAGGAAACUUUAUAUCGAGAAUAUAAAAAGUUUGGAGACUUUAGCAUUCGUAUUUCGCAUGACUUAGAUGAGAGGGUCGCAUAUGUUUGUUUCCGUACCGCUGAAGACGCCAGAGAAGCAAAACAUCACAAACCCCGUAUUGUCCUCUACGACAAAGUGGCAUUAGUGGAACCAGUUUAUGAAUCUUCAGGCCGCAGCGAACACAGGGCACGUGGACGCUCAAUAACACCACCUGAAUAUGAUCGGUACCAUUACUCUAGAGUUCCCGUACCACCACCUGGUCCUCCGGAACACCGACGACCACCUUUGGAUCAUUAUGACAGAUAUGGGCCACCGCAUAUUGCGUCACAUCCACACUCGAGAGAGUAUCGACCAAUUCAUCAUGAAUAUCCAAUGCCACCAAGAGGUCCACCCAUACAUAGGGGACCACCGCAUAUACAUGGACCUCCACCACAUUAUGGUGGUCCACCUCGCCACCUUGGUCCGAGGCCUCAUGCACCUUAUGAGAAACCCGAAAAUAAGAAGGAUAAAUUCCCAAAUUAUUUACAUCAUGUUCAACCGGAGGAUGAUCCCCUUGCCACACGCACUUUAUUCGCCGGUAAUUUAGAGGUUUCUAUUUCAGAUGAUGAAUUGCGGCGUAUUUUUGGUAAAUAUGGUAUAGUGGAUGAUAUUGACAUCAAGAGGCCGCCACCAGGUACAGGUAACGCUUUUGCCUUUGUGCGAUAUCAAAAUUUGGAUAUGGCACAUCGAGCUAAAUGCGAAUUAUCUGGACAAUACAUUGGAAAAUUUCAAUGUAAGAUAGGUUAUGGAAAAGUAACACCUGCAACUCGCAUUUGGAUUGGGGGUUUGGGAGCAUGGACUUCAGUAACACAAUUAGAAAGAGAGUUUGAUCGUUUUGGGGCAAUCAAAAAAAUAGAAUACCAAAAGGGUGAUACAUGUGCAUACAUACAAUAUGAAACUGUCGAAGCAGCCACUGCAGCAGUAAAAGAAAUGCGUGGUUUCCCAUUGGGUGGCCCAGAAAGGCGUCUGCGAACAGACUUUUCGGAACUCCCAGGAGUUACGCCAACUGCGGCUCCAUUUAAGCCAAAAUACGAAGAAACUUCUGUUCCUCCCGCUGAAUACAGGCGUCCAGAAUAUGAUUAUCAUUAUGAAGAACCACACCAUCAUCAUCACCAUCACUAUGCUCCUCGCGGUGGGUAUUCACCAUAUCCACCUCGCGGCUCUUACCGUGGUCGAGGAGGUUAUCGCGGUCGUGGUCGCGGUUCUUAUCACUAUCCAAAUGAUGUUCAUCGCCCUAUACAUCCCAGUGCUUUAGCACCGACGUCCACAUCGUCAAUUCCUCCGCCAGCCGGCAUCGAAGACGAAUGGCGUCGUCCGCCGGGGGAGUCAUCCUUUGAAAGGGGACGGUCUGGAUCUCGAGAGCUAAGAAACGACCGCUCACGUUCGCGUUCUCCACACAAAAGGACACAUUCUCCUGGAUCUGAUUCUGACUCUUCAAUGCGGCGCAAUGGAGCUGUAUCUCUAGCUUCAGCACGUGCUCUUGCCGAUGUUGCCCGAAAAUGCACAGUAAUAUGGCAGGGUGCGCUUAUUCUUAAAAGUUCUUUGUUUCCAGCUAAAUUUCACCUCACAGACGGAGAUUCUGAUAUCGUAGAAUCGCUUAUGCGCGACGAAGAGGGUAAACACAAUUUACGCAUCACCCAAAGAUUGCGCCUCGAUCCGCCAAAAUUAGAGGAUGUGCAGAAACGUAUUAGUUCGUCAUCGUCUCAUGCGAUAUUUUUGGGAUUAGCAGGUACAACGGUCACUAACAACGCAUCCGAAGAUGGCGCAGUCCAAACCAGACCCCUGCGUAACUUGGUCUCGUAUCUCAAACAGAAGGAGGCGGCUGGCGUUAUUUCCUUACUAAACAAAGAGACCGAAGCCACGGGUGUACUCUAUGCUUUCCCACCCUGCGACUUUUCUGCAGACUUACUUAAACGCACUUGUUCAUCAGUUAGCGAAGAGUCAUUUAAGGAAGACCAUCUCGUAGUUGUAGUAGUAAGAGGUGGUACGGCUUAAAAAGCAUUCAAUGAGUGAUCACACACACACACACAAAUAUUUCAGUAAUGACAAGUGAAGCAAAUUGAUUAAAUAUUUGACAAAUUUAUUUAAUACUUAAUUGAUAGAAUAUGAAUUACAUAAACAAAAAUACCAAACUAAUUCAAUUAAGCAGCAAACCUCUCACACACACAUUCAGUAAACUUAAAAUUAAUAUAAAAAUGUAUCUAUCUACUGAGUUCUGAAGGAUUGCUUCUGUCGCAGUAAAAUUCUUAACUUUAAUACAUAUACUACCUACAAACAUGCAUUCGAUCAUGUAUAUAAUAUAUAUACAUAUGUAUUCAUCCUAGUUGUAUUCGCAAUAUUCUCAACUGUAAGAAUUAGUAUUCAAAAAAUAAGUUAAAAAUCGUGCUAAAAAUCGUUGAACAGUGCCAAAUAUCCAUGAGCGGUGGUUGUCUUAAUGAGCACUGUUUUGGCGCUUUCAGGUGCCCUGCUUAUUAAUGACAACAAAACUAGUGAAAAGUGAAUCCUUAGCAUUGUAAUUGUUCAACGAAGUUAAUUAUACAUACAUAUUUAUAUAUUCAUACAUAUGUGACAUUAACGUGUCGUUUUUUUUUUUUUUUUUAAUUUCGAAUCGGGCAAAAAUGUAUUUCAAUCUUACGUUGUGGCAAAACGUUUUCAAACAUGACAAAAAGUGGUUGGUGAAGAUCUCGAAGAACGAGUAGAGAAUCUUUUGUGUUGUUUCUGUUUCUGUUUCAAUUUCAGUUGAAGUGGGCCAUGCUUUACGACGUCGCUUAAAUGUGCUAAUCAGUGGUUGGUGUUCGCAAACCGUUUAAUGAAGCAACUACACAUAUGUAGAUAAAAUCUCGUAUCAAGCAGUCAAAAUACAUGUUCCACCUUUUUUCUGUACCUAUGAUGGUGAAAAUUGAAAGCGCGAAAUUCGUUAAUGUUGGCUAAGUGAUUGACAUGCAUCAUACAUGCGUAUACCAUAUGUUCUCUGCAAUUAGUUUCAAUUUUCAAUUGGCAUACAAAAUGUGUUGUUUUAAAAUCAAUGCUCGGUGGUUUCCCAUCUUAUAUCUGAUCUGCAUCUGUAGUAUCAAUGAUUUUGAAAGUGAUAUGAUAUAAAGUCCACCAUUGUGCAGUGCGUAGUUUUAACCGUCCCUAAACCUGUCGUCGUCCAUGUAAUUUCAAAGUGCGCUUUUCGAAAUUUCUUUAGACUGAGAAAUAGAAUCUGAGUUAAAAAUAUGACGGCUUGUCUGUCUUUCUCCCAGAAUUUAAUAGUGAAGUGAAAGUCUAUAUAUUUCACGCGGUUUUGGAAGUGGUCCGCGGAGGUAAUUUGAUCUGUAAUCUCGAUCUUGAAUUAUAUGGAGAGAAGGAUGUUCCUUUUACGUUUGCCUCUUUUGUCUCAAAGCAGAACUGAAUUCCCUAAGUGAAGUGAAACUCCAAAUUUCAAGCGGUAUUCUUAGUGGUCCGCGAAUAUAAAUCUUUUUCUAAUGCGCAAUGCUUUUAUGUGACUUCCUGCCCGAAAAGACAUUCUAAUGGCAACUCAGUGUUUUUUUUGUGCUAGUGACAGUUCUCUGUGGCAAGAUUAGAUACCAGAUAGUGUUCUGUUUUAAGAAAGUUUAAAUCGCAUCUGCUGUUACUGCUACCCCUUUCCCCUCAACAAGCACAUCCUUAGAAAACUGCUUGUAGCAUUUGUUUGAAAAUUUGAACAAGAUUUAAAAGGGUUUUACAAAUGUUACAUUGUUUUCUAUAAGGAAUGCCCACCAGUAAAGUAAAAUAAACCAAGUGCCACUUUGUAAAAACAUCCCUGAAAACUACUGUCCAUUGACGACUGAGUGUGGUGGUUAGUUAAGCUUCUUCAAUCAACACCUUAAAAUCGGAAGUAUAAAACCAAAUUUUUGAAUGAAAAAAAAACCAAGAAAAAGAGUAUCAAUACUGAAAUUAUUGUGUACAUUAAACGUAAUACACCCAAGUAGUAUAUACAUACAUAUAUCAAAUGCUUACAUUUUAUCCAAUAAAACCCAUAAAACAUAACAAAAAGAAAUAAAAACGAUUAUCUACUUGAGAAAGUCAA